AUGUCGACCUUAGAGCUGCUCUACGACCGUAAAAUAUACGAGCUUUGGUCUUGGGAACCACAGGUGCACCAGACAGCCCGGCACCAAACAGCCCGUAUUUUGCCAGCCCAUCUCACACCUCGCGGAAACGUUCGGGUUGCAUACUUGGGUCCUCGAGAUGAGGAGCCCGAUUCCCUGGUCGUCACUAAAUUGGCGCGUGACAAUGAAGUUCCAGCCUUGGAGAGAGAGUAUCGAGUGUACAUGGACCGACUGCAGCAUUUGCAGGGUUCUGUAGUCCCUAUGUGCUAUGGGCUGUACAGGGGAAAGGUCGAGGGUGAAAAAUUUGCGUGCAUGCUUUUAGAAUAUUACAGACACCUGAUGACCUACUCAAUAGAGGAGCGCAACUUCCAGAUCAUGCGCGCGACUUGGAAGCUCCAUGAAGCAGGCAUCCUUCACGGAUCUAUCGAUAGCAUGCAUCAUAUCGUUUGUUCAACCGCAGGCGUGCGCAUCAUCGAUUUUUCGGAUGUGGUUGACAAUCAUCGCUGCGUAGGCGUCAUUCAAGGUCCUCAUUUAUCUUGUCCAAACGGGUUAGCGCCGAGUAAGAAUGGGUGUCCCGAACUUGUGUUGGUCGAUAAAAUCUACGGACCCACGGACCUACUAUAUCGAAGACCAUAG